CAUUUCGAUCAGUAAGAAGAUUGGCAGAUUGUUUUUCUUCCAGCUUAGGGUGAAAAAAAAAUAUAUAAAAAAGUGUGACGAACACAGUGACGAUGAAAAUGGAAUCAAAAUUUAAUUUAUUUUCCCAGCGAAUUAAUUAAUAACCUGAUAGCACAUUGUUGGGGCAUCAAGCUGAGAGAGUUCCCGCCACCGCAAUAACCAGUUGCACGGUAUGCGGCAGUCUGCCUCGAGAUGCAACCCGACUCAGAGCAGCAACAGCACUUUGUAGCUCCCCGCUGGUUGAACGAUUCGUUUUUACAGCAAAUAAUUCGAGCCGCUCGGAACGAUCCUUCGGUGACGCUGUGUCACAGCUGUAAAUUUCAUCCGGGCAGCAAACCGGGACGAAACUAUGCCAGUGUGCUGUAUCGAACGACGGUGCAUUUUCGUUCCGGCCGGUCCCACCACCAAGUGGAGCAAGCAAUCAACCUGAUGCUGAAAACCGAAAAGCACAGCGUGGUGCUUCGCGAUCGAUCACUGUUCGAAACGGAGAUCCGCAUGUACCGGGAGGUACUGCCGGCGAUGGAACAGCUGCUAGGAAGCAUUGGUGCCUCGCUGGAUACGCCCAGAUUUUUCUACUCGUCGGAUCAUCCCCACGGAUUGAUAGUACUUCAGGAUCUGUUUCCCUCCGGAUGGAUAGAGAAGGAGCAAAUUCAUCAGCUUGAAGAUGCUCAUCCGAUUAUUCAAUCAAUUGCGAAGUUUCACGCUGCUUCCUGGGUAUUGAAUGACUCUGUUAAGUCUUUACAGUUGGCUAACAUCAGCAACGCCAUUAUGGAGAAGAACAUCGCAGGUCUCGGGGAGCUAUUCGGAACCUUGUUCAGCAUGUUUAUCGAGUCUGUCAGCAGUUGGGACGAAUAUCGUUCGCUCCGACCCAAGCUACGUACGUUGAAUGAACAGUUCGAGCACAGGAUGAAACAAAUCUACAGUGCAAAUGUCGCUACUCACGGUUCUGCUGGGUACAACGUUCUGAAUCACGGGGAUUUACACGCACGUAAUCUACUACACAAACUGGAAACACUGGAAGAUGGAUCGGAUCGGAUUACCCGUACUGCACUGAUCGACUUCCAGCAUUGCCACUGGGGUUCACCGGCUAUCGAUUUACUGUAUCUGCUGGAUUUGAUUAUCGAUCGAGAGCUGAAGUACACCCGAAGGGAUCGAAUCAUCCGCGAGUAUUACGAUAAUUUUGUGCUUCAUUUGAAACGCCUGGGUCAUCGUGGAUGGGUUCCAAGCCUACAGGAUUUGUUGGCGGAACUGGAUCGCCAUUCUUUUCUGGAGCUGGUGCAUGAUGCUAUUUUCGAACAAAUAAAACACGUUGAUUUGUCGAGAGGAAGCUGGGAGGACUUUCUCGCGGGUCGACUGCCAGGGGCUGGCUUUAACAAUAGCAGGUAUCGUGCCCUCGUUCGGAAGGAUUUAUCGGAUUUCUUGCGCCGAGGUGUGUUGGAAUAAUUCCAGUGCGGUGAAAUAUUAUGAAGCAAGAAAGGCACCGUUUCAGCACCGUUAGAACAAUCUUGAAAAUAAAGGCAAUUUUUCCUUUGCACUCUUCUUACCACGGUCAAUAUAAUUAUAAUUAAUUUUAUGCCCGCGAAAGUGCCAAUAUACGCAGUGAAUAAAUCAACAAAAUGGGAAAAGUCGACCCGUUUUGAUGCAGUAUUCUACCAUCAAGAGUUAUUGCACUGGUGGUAAAAAUAUGUAAA